AUGCCACUGUCUCACGCUCGCGUUGUGCUAAUCGAGUAUUGCGAUGCGUUGCUUACCCUUCAGGAGCCCCCCUUUAUGGAGAUCGCUCAACACCUCUUCCGUCUUCACGCAUUACCGAAUAAUUCUAGAACACUCGCGUUUGAGCAAACGCUCAGCUCAGUGAGAGCGAAGGUCGCAACUGAGUAUGAGUCGCGGGGAGAGUACGAAAGGGCAGCCGAAGAGCUCACAUAUGUGCCGUUUGACAAUGCAGCGGUCCCUAAUAUUGGAGUGGUACGUCACAACUUGCGAAUUGCUCGUCUAUUUAUCUCGGCGGGGCUGACGGAGAAAGCAGAGCUCUACAUAAAUCGCGCCAGUGCUCGACUCCCGCAUUUCACAGAAGAUGACAUCCGUCUCCAGUACCUCUUUUGCCAAGCCCGUGUGUUGGACUCGAAAAGGAAAUUUGAUGAUGCGGCCAUGAAAUACUACCAACUCUCUCAGCACCCAAAUGGCGGCGGCUUGAUGGACUCUAUGACCGACGGGGAUUUUGGUCAUUCGCUAGUUCACGCCGUGACAUGCGCUAUUCUCGCCCCUGCAGGCCCGCGCCGAUCUCGCGUCUUGGCCAUACUGUACAAUGAUGAGCGAUCAAGAAGCCUUGACGUCUUUCCGCUUUUGCAGUCGAUACACAUGGGACGUCUCCUACAGACCUCUCAAAUUGAGAAGUUCCGUCCUACUCUGUUACCGCAUCAGCUGACCACACAUAGUGAUGGUGACACCGUCUUAGAUCGGGCAGUCAUGGAACACAACCUCUCAGCUGCUUCAAGGUUGUACGCUAACAUUCAUUUCUCAGAGCUUGGCACGUUACUCGGCAUUUCGGCGGCAAAAGCAGAGACAACGGCAGCAAGAAUGAUCUACGAGAAGCGCAUGACGGCGACAAUAGACCAAGUGCAAGGAAUUUUGCAGUUUUCGACCCACUCUCCAACACAAAAAAUUGAGAGGUGGGACGCCCACAUCGCAAGUUUAUGUGGUGCCGUCGACUACUGCGUUGAGGCUAUUGUUAAGAAGCAUCCCCAGUUUGCAACGCAUUUGGAGCCAUGAUGGCAGGCACCCAAGUUCGGGGGGUAGCAUGUUCAACUCAUUCCUGCCACGGCGUCACCUGUGUUUUAUCCAAGGUUGUACAGCACAGCAUCCGACUUUGUCAUGUUUGUCUCAUCCCUUCGAAGCAAGCCAAAAACGCUUCGCUCUCCACUUGGAAUCUGAUUAUGUAAGGAUCCUCUACAGUGUACUGUAGUCGCGAAUCAUUCUAAUAUGACGACUACAUAUGUUUCAGAAACUUAUAUAGACGUUUGAUUUACAACUUUUUACAUGAAAGUGGCUUCGUAAACCGCUCGCCAAGACUUUCAGGUGCAAGGAUGACGCCAUACCUGGAUGAAAGCACGCAAGAAAAGCUCCUUGGUUCUGCAAAACAGCUGGAAA